GAGUUCAGGGGAAGGCCGGGGACUUUACAGGAAGCACUUGCCUCGUUUGGUAAGCCUCCGAUGGCACACUGGCUUGCCCCUGACAUAGCGAAUCGAUUUGGCAUUCAUACAUGUUUGCUGUCGCAUCCUCGACCGUACAGCCCAGCCAUGUGCCCCUCGCUAGGUGCACAUUCGGGCGAUUUCUCGGUGAUGGAAAAGGAACUCGUGGCCGCGAUGUUUUGAUCGACGACAACCUGCAGGCGACAGCGUGGUUUGGCAAUCGUGGUAUAAAGAGUGCCAGAUCUUCCUGACUUGGCAUCGUGAAGUGUCAAUAGCUUCGUGUUGCCAGUCUCUGGUCACUGAUCAGCAGCGCAUCCCCUCUUGUGGCCUCGCCCCCUCUUCCCAGCCAUGAGACGUCACGCCUCCCCGCUGCUGCUGUUGGCGGCACUUGCGCCGCCUGCGCUGGCCGCGCCCGCCGUUGACAUUUUCCCUCGCGCCGUCAGCCCUCCCAAGGCGCUCCCGCAGCGGGCCACGGCCAACGACCUGCGCUGGCAGCCGUCGCUCGACUUCGACACGGACGGGUGCUACAACGUGCCGGCCAUCGACGCGCAGGGCAACAUCGUGCAGGGCCUGCCGUACCAGUGGACAGGGACGUCGAGCGACUGCCACGAUCUGAGCGAUCUCGACAACAACAACGUCUACUCGCGGCAGCGGUGCAACAACGAUUGGUGCGUCUAUCUGUACGGCUACUACUUUGAGAAGGACGUCGCCGUGCCUUACUUCACGGGGUCGGGCCACACGCACGAUUGGGAGCACAUCCAGGUGUGGGUGCGCCAGAGCACGGGCAAGGCCGAGUUCGUGGCCGCGUCGCAGCACGGCAACUACGAGAUCAAGCCCGCCUCGGAGGUGCGCUGGGACGGCAACCACCCCAAGAUGGUGUACCACAAGGACGGCCUCAGCACCCACUGUUUCCGCUUCGCCAACGCCGACGACGACGCCAUUGAGAACGCAAAGGGCGUUUGGUUCCGUGGGGCGCUCGUCUCGUACAACGGGUUCCCCUCGACGGCGAUCAGGGACAAGCUGUUUGCCUAUGACUUUGGCGCGGCCACGAUCGACUUUAAGGAUUCCACCUUUGCGGGUGCCAUUGCCAAGGGGAAGCACUCGUCGAUUGUGUUUGAUGUCAAUGCCGAUGUUGGUUCGCCUGGAAAUCCUUGAGCGGAAGGCGUCUCAAGAGGGAUCACUCGGGACAUACUAAGUUUAAAAGCGUGAUGAGCUGGUCAUGUCAGUAACGAUGCCCAUGUAAUGAGGAGUCUUGCCAUAGUAUAGACCUAGCCUUUGAACAUAACGUUUGAUACCUCUAUCACUCCAUUC